AGUAGUAUCUAGGCUCAUCCUAGGGGCCGAGAGCCAUAAUUGAGCCGACAAACUCCACCGGCGCCUCUGCUCACUUUCCGUCGAGAACCACGGCGGCGAGAGCGUUCUCAAUGUCCGGCCGCCAGUGCUCUAUCCUCCGAGUCCUCGCUGGUACUUCUCACCUCACCUUCGCGCGCGCGAUCCCAGGCGUACUUGCUAACUUGCUGUACCUAGCGAUCACCGCGCCGCCGCCUGUGUCGAUGACCGUCUUGUCAAUUUUUCCACCUAUACUCAGCGGCAUCGACGGUUUGUAUAGCACGGUUGUAUGGCGAAUCGUAGCGUUCUCACCGCCGAUUAUACCACGGUGCGUUGACAAGAAACUGGUACGAAAUCCGGGAGUCUGUCGGUCGCGCGACGCUCUCGGGCCGAUGAAAGUCUCCAGCCAUACUGUCGCCGUGGACGCUGACGCAGUUUUAAAUCAAGCUGGGCUCGCUUAUAGUUGAGUUUCGUGUGACGAAGGUAUGAUGCUCGCUAGC